GGACUAGGGGCCCGCAUGCCGGGAGCCCCGGCGCUCCUCUCCGAGGGUGCCGGGCGCUGCGGGCGACAUGCCCGCAGCUGAUUUCGCCCGGAGCUCCCGUGACCCAAGCCGGGUCUCCGGGCCGGGAUUUCCCGAAGCCGCGUCCAGCACAGGGCAUCCUGCGCGCGUCCAUCCCGUACCCCGAAGCGGACUCCGCGAUCCACAUCCCAAGACGGCUUGUCGGGCGGCGGAGCUCAGCGCUUUAAGCCUCGAAGCCGAGCCAGGGGGGCUGGGCAGCGCCCGCGCGGUGCCAGGCUGCAGCCGGGCGCGGCCCCGACGUGCCCCGCAAGGCCCGCUUUGAAGGCGAGCGGCGGUGCGCGGCCGCGGUGACUCGGGCGCGGUGGUCUCUCUGCAGACCCUGCGACUUGGCUUCCACGGCUGAACGGGUCGGGCUUUGGGAGGGUCAGAGGGUGCCCGGGAACGCCAAGAGCUGUUCUGAGAGCUCAGGCUACAUCGGGGACGCUGCAACAGGGGGAUUCCAGAAACAUGUCAUCAGGAGCAACGGGAGAAACGUCUGGCACCUUCUGUGCUGAGCUUGUACCCGGCUUACCAGUAGAGCGAGGAGAAGUAGGAAGGUGAUCGCCGGUGACACUUUUCCGGAGCCCAGAGGCCCUGGUGUUGACAGACGAAGAACGCGAUCCCAGAUGGUCUCAGAUCUGGGCCUAGGAAGCCGCGGGAGGCAAGGCCCCCUUGCGCCUCGGAGCCACGAGGCUCUCUGCCUUUUCGCGCUGCCGGCCAGGGGACUGGAGGGUCGGUACAGCAGUGAGAUCACCUGCCUGGGGCAGAGCCUGAGGCGGCAAGGCCUGAGCCCCGUCGUCGUCGCUCUCUGAGCGCGUCCCCUGGGGGACAGCCUGAGGCUGUUUGGAGGCCGUGGGCUGGAGCUGGGGGCACUUCAGGGGUGCAGGCCGACAGCCGCGGCUGGCUUCACUUUCCCCGACUUUGUCUCACUUUCCCCGACUUUGUCUCCUUUUAUUUUUGCAUCUAAUCCAUAGCCCCCAACUCCAGCUGACACAGCACUUAGAAAAUUCCCCCAUCAAUUUUACUUUCAAAAGUAGCAAUUAUGUCUCUCAAAUAAUUUUAAUCAAGCAGAGAAAGUUGCAGGCCACUAUGUGUGGCCUUCAGAUUUUGGUCUCUUGGCACUUAAUGUCGGCUGGGCCUCUGAUCAUAUGACAUUUAAAUUAACUGUUUUCAGAGGGCUCUGUAAUCAACAGAGACACUUCACCAUAAUUGCUAGAGAUUAUUUUUAAUGUAGUUUCCUUAGUAGUAUCGGCUUCAGAGCGAAAAUUCCAACACAAAUUCUGGGAACGGUGAGAAUAGUACCUAAAUUUUUAAAAACCCUAACAACUUGCCUGUUGGUGGUGGUAGUGAUGUUUUGUUUUAUAGGGUUUUUAAAAACAAUAUAAAAACCAGAAAUUACACAUAUUAUUGUCCUUUUACUUUUUACCUUUUUGAGUUCCAUCAGAGCAAUACAGCAACAUAUGGAAAGUUUCCCUCUUUCUCUGCAAUUCUUUAUGGCCCUUUAUAAGUGUAAAUACAGCCUAUAUAGAGGAGGACUCCAGCAGAAUCAUGGAGCUGCAACUGGUGUCUGUUGUCUUGCUGUGGACCUCCUCUGCCCGGUGGAACAGACCUGGGUGUGUGGUUAAGGCAUAGGAAGGGUGAUGAGAUGGAGCGGGCCGGAAAGCCAGGAUCCUGAGCAGUUCCCAGGUGAUGGUGGCUGCAAUGGCCUGACACCGGGCCACACGGUACUCCCUCCCUGAGGAGGACGAGGCCUCUGCCUGCUCUGUCCUUUCUCUGGGCCCACCUCUCCAGAGGCCUCUUCCAGCAGUUGUGGGGCGCAGGCAGCCUGUGUCGUUGUGGCUGAGGGUGGGCAGCCGGUCAGAGCAAUGCUUGGGGAGCCUGUGUCUGCAGAGGCAGCCGACAGGGCCGAGGAAAGAGCCGGAAAAAAAGAACUGCAGAAUGGAGGCCCAGGGUGGGCAGUCGGGAGGGUGGAGCAUGUGAACCCAUUAUGAUCUGUUACUUUUCAAACCUGACUCAUGGCGCUUCCUGCUAAAGGAGGACAUGCCAGAGAUGGUGGGUCUGAGUCUCAGCCUUGGGGGUGCCAUUUCCCGGGGUAAGUCCACUUUCCAGAAGGACAACCUUGUCCAAGCUCCUUCAUUUGUUGUCACAUUUUAACAUUGGUUUCGGCUGUGUGAUUCUGGUGGGGAGAGGGUCCCCCAGAACCCCCACACAGAUCUCAGAGGGUAGUGGCCCCUUUCACUUUAGGGGGCCCUGUCCUUUCCUUAUAAAAUUUAUUCUAGUAGCAGACAUUCUCUUUGACAUUUUCUAGUUCAUUAAAACACCAGUUUUUAGGAUCUCUUUUAUGAAAAAUAAAAUUCCCUCAAAUCUCCUUUUCUGAAAACAUACUCCUUUUGAGUUUAGCUGGGGUCCAUGGCAGUUACGGUAAAUGGCAUCAGCACCUUCAUCUCCGCCGCGGAUGCCCGGCUCCUCAGAGCAGCUGUGGUUUUCCAGCUCAGUCCGGAGGGCACGCCAUUCCAUUCCUCCAGUAACAUGUGAAUUCUGUCUACAGAUUAAUGUAACUUAAUUUUAUAUCUCUGUAAGGUUUGUUUCAUACCAAUUCACAAGCCAAGGGGAACAGUUCUUUUCUAGACCCAUUUAUCCUGAUUUGGGGUUCAAGACAGUACAGCCAGCAUAACUGGUAGGCCACACCACAGACCCCUUCCUUAUUUCUGUUUUUGUUUUGUUUUAGUGGAGAGAAAAUCAACAGUAGAAACCGCUCACAAGAUUUCUUACUAGAGUAAUAUAAAGAAAAAAAAAUUGCUAAAUUAGAAACAUUGUGAUGGGAAAAUAUGGUUAGAGUUGAGCAGUCUGAAUUUUUUUUUAAGUUGCUGGUUAGAAAGGACUAUAGAUCAAUGUCAUGAACGACCAAGCAACAUUUUUUUUUUGGAGGAACAUGCUUGGAGAUGAAGUGUAACAGACAUCCGAUCAUUGCAAUCUGUUUCCAUCCCCUUAUUUAUAUUCUCUUCUACCACCUUCUCAUUUUCCCUGCCCCUUGGAAUUGAUACCAGGAAGGACCUAGAAUCAGCAGUUUUCACUGACAGUCUCUAUUAUCUAACCCACGAAAUUUCAUCUUCCGACAAAUGGGCCUCUCCUCCUGGCUGCACUUUCCUCCCCACUCUAACUCAACUCCUCUUCUCAACUUAUUAAUUUCUCGCUGUUACCAAGUGAUUGCUUGCUGGAUGGCAAAAGUGAACUCUUGGAUUUGGUUUCAGCUGGAAGAAUAAACCUGUAAUUGUAGCCUGGCCUUUUCCUCGUGCUUCCCUGGGGGCCUGGCCUCACGUUGAAGGCGCUGAGCUUCCAGAAGUUGGACGGGCACAUCCCACGGGCGAGGGAUGCUCUCAGCUCUGGAUUCCACACAGGGGGUUGGGGAGAGUGCGCCCUGACCUGCCCAGCUGGAGCCUGCCUUCUGUGCUUCGACCCCAUCAGAUGCAGACUUGCCUGCUUUCUGGGGAACGUUAUCAAAAUGGUCUCCACCAGCAGCUUCCCAGAGCGACCUUCCUUCCCGAUAUUCAUCAACAACGAAUGGCAUGAAUCCAAGAGUGGAAAAAAGUUUGCUACGUAUAACCCAUCAACUCUAGAAAAAAUAUGUGAAGUGGAAGAAGGAGAUAAGCCCGACGUGGACAAGGCCGUGGAGGCCGCACAAGCUGCCUUCCAGAGGGGCUCGCCCUGGCGCCGGCUGGAUGCCCUGAGCCGCGGCCGGCUGCUGCACCAGCUGGCUGACCUCGUGGAGAGGGACCGUGCUGUCCUGGCCACCCUGGAAACGAUGGACUCGGGGAAGCCGUUCCUUCAUGCCUUUUUCAUUGACCUGGAGGGCUGUAUUAAAACCCUCAGAUACUUCGCAGGGUGGGCAGACAAGAUACAGGGCAGGACCAUCCCCACCGAUGACAACGUUGUGUGUUUCACCAGGCAUGAGCCCGUAGGAGUGUGUGGGGCCAUCACUCCCUGGAACUUCCCUCUGCUGAUGCUGGUGUGGAAGCUGGCGCCCGCUCUCUGCUGUGGGAACACUGUGGUUGUGAAGCCGGCCGAACAGACUCCCCUCACUGCCCUUUAUCUGGGCUCUCUGAUCAAAGAGGUUGGAUUCCCUCCAGGCGUGGUGAACAUCGUGCCAGGAUUUGGGCCCACAGCGGGAGCAGCAAUUUCUUCUCACCCUCAGAUCAGCAAGAUAGCCUUCACUGGGUCCACAGAGGUUGGAAAGCUGGUUAAAGAAGCCGCCUCCCGGAGCAAUCUGAAGAGGGUGACGCUGGAGCUGGGAGGGAAAAACCCCUGUAUCGUGUGUGCCGACGCUGACUUGGACUUGGCAGUGGAGUGCGCCCAUCAGGGAGUGUUCUUCAACCAAGGCCAGUGCUGCACAGCUGCCUCCAGGGUGUUCGUAGAGGAGCAGGUCUACGCCGACUUUGUCAGGCGGAGCGUGGAGUAUGCCAAGAAACGGCCUGUCGGAGACCCCUUCGACGUCAGAACGGAACAGGGACCCCAGAUUGACCAAAAGCAGUUCAACAAAAUCCUCGAUCUGAUUGACAGCGGGAAGGAAGAGGGAGCCAAGCUGGAAUGUGGGGGCUCAGCCAUGGAAGACAGGGGCCUCUUCAUCAAACCCACUGUCUUCUCAGAAGUUACUGACACCAUGAGGAUUGCCAGAGAGGAGAUUUUUGGACCGGUGCAGCCAAUAUUGAAGUUCAAAAGUAUUGAAGAAGUGAUAAAAAGAGCAAAUAGCCUUGAAUAUGGACUCACAGCAGCUGUGUUCACAAAAAACCUUGACAAAGCACUCAAGCUGGCUUCCGCGUUAGAGGCUGGGACUGUCUGGAUCAACUGCUACAAUGCCAUCUACGCGCAGGCUCCAUUUGGUGGCUUUAAAAUGUCUGGAAAUGGCAGAGAACUAGGUGAAUAUGCUCUGACCGAAUACACCGAAGUGAAAACUGUCACCAUCAAACUCGAUGACAAGAACCCCUGAAGGAGAGGCGGCCCCCUUCCUCCAAAGUUCGACAGCUGAAUGUGGCAGAUCAAACUUGCCGAAGAAAAAAGCGCAUUUCUGACCUUCCCGGGAUGCUUUCUUCUGGAGACUUCACACCUACUGGAUUGGAACAAUCUGUGUUUCCUCUCACACUCCUGUUUUAUUGACCAGGAUGUUGUGUGUGGAUUUGGGGAUGGAGCAAUGGGUCUUUUCUGUUCUCCCCUUGCCACCAAGCCCCAGGGACAGCAAAGAGGCUCAGGGCUUUGCAACAGGAAGUGGUAUUUGAAGUGUCCAGCACUUGCUUAAAAAUGCUUUGCUGACUCUGACUCCAGUAAGAAUUUGGAAAAAACUCCCUGCAUGUUCUGCAAACAGGGCCCUGCCCCUGUGGUCUCCUCAGGGUCCCUGCCCACAGGGCAAGCCCUCCUACCAUUCAGAGGGAAAGGAUUAGCACUAAGUUAAAAAAAAAAAAAACAGGAUUUCGAGGAUCUGAUGUGGGGAGCUUUGGGGAAGCGUGUGCCUGUGCCAUAGAAGGGGACUGGAGGCCUUGGCCAUGGACGGGCAUGGGUCUUUGAGGACUGCAUCUUGACCUUACCAUAGGACUCAGUUUCAAAUCAAUACUGCCUCUGGAAUAUGACCGAGUCAACAGCUCAAAGAGCUUAUCCAAAACCAUGUCACAGUCUACCUUAACCAAGGCACUUUCUUAGGUAGAAAACAUCCUAGUGUCACCAUCACUGCUAAGGACCCAGUGCUCUGACACUACAGCAGCAUAGCAAAUCCUAGGAUAAUUGAGUCUCGAAUUUUAGAAAUUAGAGCCGUAAUUCACUUUUACAAAUUAUGCAUUUUUAUCACAUGCAUUUUGGUUUAUGCUAAGCCUAUAUAGUUUUCUUUUCUCCAGUUUGGUUAUCCAUUCUAGAUUAGGAAAAUAUUCACAACUGGGAAGAUUGCUGUUAUAACACAGCCCUGGUUUUUCAAGUCCUAUUUUGAUAUUAAUUAGUGAUUAAUUAACAAAUAACACCCGGACUCCAUGGAGGAACUGGGUCUCCUACUAAAGUGGCCUUAGUUCUGCACUAACAGGUUGUGAGUUUUUCUUUUCUCCUUUGUGAAUCCAAAUGAUGUGCAAUUCCAUAUUUUAACUUGGAAAACUGCAAGCGUUCCCAUAUAGCUUUAAAAAAGACAAAACCAAACUUAAAUUGUGUUAUUCGGAUACUUUUACUAUUACUAACUAGUCCUUUUCUAAUGGUGCUUAUGUUUGAGAAUUAAAUUGUGGGGAGCAAUAAUAAAAUGAAGGUCUGUGUCGAAAACAGCAUAUGUAUAAAGAAAGUCAUAUAUGAAAUGGAGUUAUUCUUAUCAGAAAUAUGCAAUACACAAUUCACCUUCUCUCCAUUAAUUAACACAUCACUUACACUAUGAGUAACUUGUUAAAUCAGGAUUUGACUUCAUACACUGAAUUUUCAGGAUUUUAUCUCAAGUAACUAUAAACACUAACCUUGAUAGUAAUGCAUUAGAAGGUUCUUAUUCUUUCAUUGUACAAUAAUGACUUUAAUAUGAAAUGCUACAUUAUUUAUAAUUGGUAUAGUUAAUGUAUCUUUUUAUAGUUGUAAGUACACAGAGGUGAUAUAUUUAACCUUCUGUAAUAUAUUGUAUUUAGAAAUGGAAAUCUAUAUAGUAUUAGAUUUCACUUCUUUUUAUGGUUUACUCCUGUGGUAGAGUUUUAAAAUCUAUUGGCCUGGGAAUUCUGAUCCUGACUGCAGAUUGUGUUCAACAAUGCAGCAAUGAUAAAAUAAAAUUGGAUAUUUGAGAAA